UCUUGUGUACACAGUGAGGAACUAGGAGAAUUCAUGGAGAUGAAAGGUGCCAACAGCCCUGGGAUCCUUGUACUGACCACAGGCCUCAGCAAACCUUUUAUGCGUCUGGAUAAAUACCCCACCUUACUCAAAGAACUUGAAAGGCACAUGGAGGAUUAUCAUCCGGAUCGUCCAGAUAUUCAGAAAUCCAUGACUGCCUUCAAAAAUCUUUCUGCACAAUGUCAAGAAGUACGGAAACGGAAAGAACUUGAACUACAAAUACUGACUGAAGCUAUCCGUUGUUGGGAGGGAGAGGAUAUUAAAACACUUGGCAAUGUGAUUUACAUGUCCCAGGUCAUGAUUCAGUGUGCUGGAAGUGAGGAAAAGAAUGAAAGAUACCUUCUUCUCUUCCCUAACAUUUUGCUAAUGUUGUCUGCCAGCCCGAGAAUGAGUGGGUUUAUCUAUCAGGGAAAACUGCCAAUGACAGGAAUGACUAUCACAAAGCUAGAAGACAGUGAAAACCAUAAAAAUGCAUUUGAAAUAUCAGGAAAUAUGAUUGAAAGGAUACUAGUGUCUUGUAACAACCAGCAAGAUUUGCAUGAAUGGGUGGAUCACCUGCAGAAGCAAACCAAAGUCACAACUGUUGGGAAUCCCACCAUUAAACCUCACUCUGUGCCAUCUCACACACUUCCUUCCCAUCCCGUAACACCCUCCAGCAAGCAUUCAGACAGCAAGCCAAUACCACUGACUCCUGCAUACCACACUCUCCCUCAUCCGUCGCAUCAUGGGACUCCACAUACCACAAUAAACUGGGGACCUCUGGAACCUCCGAAAACCCCCAAGCCUUGGAGUCUGAGCUGCUUGCGGCCUGCGCCUCCAUUACGGCCUUCAGCAGCUCUUUGUUAUAAAGAGGAUCUCAGUAAAAGCCCUAAAACCAUGAAAAAGCUGCUUCCCAAACGCAAGCCAGAACGGAAACCGUCAGAUGAAGAGUUUGCACUGAGAAAAAGUACAGCUGCUUUAGAAGAAGAUGCUCAAAUUCUUAAAGUCAUUGAAGCAUAUUGCACAAGUGCCAAAACACGUCAAACACUAAAUUCAAGUUCCCGUAAAGAAUCAGCUCCUCAAGUCCUGCUUCCAGAAGAAGAAAAAAUUAUUGUAGAAGAAACUAAAAGUAAUGGUCAGACUGUUAUAGAAGAGAAAAGCCUUGUUGACACAGUAUAUGCAUUAAAGGAUGAAGUACAGGAGUUAAGACAGGAUAACAAAAAGAUGAAGAAAUCAUUAGAAGAAGAACAAAGAGCUCGCAAGGACUUGGAGAAGCUUGUUAGAAAAGUUCUAAAGAACAUGAAUGAUCCAUCUUGGGAUGAAACCAACUUAUAACUAAUUUUUUUCUUUUUUUUUUCUCCCCCCUUUUUCUUUCUAUUGAAAGACCAGUUGUAAAACUGAGCUGGGAAGCCUUCUGACAUUAGUCAGUGUUGCAUCAGGAGCACUACAAAACAGGAUUUAACUGGAUCUAGUGAUUUCUUGCUCUGAACAUAUAGAAACAGUCAAGCCAUUUACUGAAGCAAUCUGUACUUUAAGUGUGGAGACCGUGGAUCCUGAACUUUACUAAACUUAAUUUGUUUGCAUCUAAAUUACCUCAUUUUGCAGAAAGUGCAGCACCUGACUAAAAGUCCAUGUUUUUCAGUGGCUUUUUAAUUAAAUAUAUAUUUUUCUUGUAAAUAUCUGUAAUUUUGAAUGCAUAUGUGAUUGAUGUAUCAGGGCUGAUAUGUUAUUUUUUCCUCUUGUUAUUAUGAUGGUCACAAGUGUUAGAAAUGACGGCAGUACUGUCUUACCUAAGAAAGGUCAGAGUUCUUUAUGGAUAAUUAUGGAUUUCUUCCAAAUUACCCACUCAUCACACAUGCAGAGUUAAAAACCUAUUUUUCCUAUUGACCACUGUAUUUAAAUCCUUUACUGUUAUUUAUGUCUGUGCAUACAUUUUUAAACAGUUUACAAUUCUUUAAGAACAGUAUUAAAAUACAGAAAA